AUCCUUCAUUGGAUAUUUGAUAUUCACAAUCGCCAACGGAUUUAAAAGAUUAAAAUGGGGAAGUUUGUAGAUACCGUGCCCCAGUUCCGCUACCGCAGCCCCUUCUGGCAGAACUUUAUAUCCGGCCUCACCACCGCUUUCACCGCCGGAAUCUAUGUUGCUCUCAACUUACUAGGAGCUGGUGGGGGUCAGCCAAACUCUGCUCAGGUUUCGACCCGUCUAAAUGCAUGUUUAAACUCUAUCUGGGUGCUUUCUUCAGCACUAGGAUCAGUGGUAUUGCACACAAUUGGCCCCGGAAUUACUGCAUGUUUGGGUGUUGGUGGAUACAUCAUCUAUGUCGGUGGUCUUUGGUAUCUCAGCGAGACUGGCAAAGCUGCCUUCCCAUAUUUUUCAGCAGUCUGUAUCGGUAUAUCGGCCGGCCUGGUCUUUGUAACAAAUGGCUAUAUCAUGCUUUCCUACCCUGAGGAGAAGGAAAAGGGCCUAUAUGUCACCACCGGAUUCGGUCUAUUAGCCGGCGGCGAGAUGAUCGGCGGCAUCAUCCCGCUGCUCAUCAGCAGAAAUAAUGACAGCAGUGGAGGUGUGCCAAACGCCGUUUACAUUGCCUUUAUUGUCAUUAUGGGUCUAACUGCAAUUGCUGCACUCUUCAUCCUUCCGCCAAACAAGAUCAAACGUGAUGACGGCUCAGGAGUAGCUGCUGUCAAAUACCGAGGUCUGUUGGUUGAACUAAAGUCAAACCUCAUGGACCUAUGCGACAAACGGCUCCUCAUUAUGAUCCCCUGUUUCCUACCAGCAGAAGCAUAUCUGGUCUACCUCGGAUCCGUUAACGCCUUCCACAACAAUCUCAGAACCCGCUGCCUCCUAUCUUUCAUGUCCGUCGUCCUCCAAAUCCCUUUCUCCAUCAUCCUCCAAAAGAUCUUCGACCACAACGGGUAUAAACGCCGAACUCGUGCCAAACUGGGCCUCGCAUAUGUCUCAAUUCCUCUCACUGCUGCUUGGAUAUGGGAGAUGGUCCGAGUCCGCAAUUACGAUCGACAUUCUCCUCCCACGCCUAUGGACUGGACGGACGAUGGAUUUGCUGCAAUUUUCGUUCUGUUCAUGAUCAACUGGAUUGCCUCGACGCUGUGGCAGUAUGUCGUAAUGUACUUUCUUGGUACUCUGACAAAUGAUCCCAUCAAAAGCAGUCAUUACACUGGAGGGUUUCGUGCUUGCUUGGCUGCUGGCGAAUCGGUUUUAUUUGGACUUGAUAGUUUGAAGAUUCCGUACAUCAAGGAAGCUGGCAUCAUUUUUGCAUUUUAUCUAGCAGGUAUUUGCAUAUAUAUGUAUAUGGCGUUCUUCGUCGUUGAGGAGACCAAGUACUUCCAGGAGGAGAAUGUCGUCGUUCCCAUCCAUAUUUUGGGGGAGACAGGGAACGUGGACGCGGUAGAUGGAAUUGAGAUAAAGGAAAGCACUACCCCAGAGAAGAUGGAUGUUGGUGUUGACACGAAGACCGUGUAGAUUUAUGGUUUAGACUUCUGGCGGAG